AUGAAGAAAUCGGCCUGGGUGCCUGGAGUUCAAGCCCUAGAGGAUCGGAUCCUAGAUGAUGAAUUACUCUAUGCCUUCGAGGACGGUACUGAGGAUUCAUGGAGAAGGAUACUAGUGCGUAUGCCUGGUCUGACAGACUUCAAGGGGGUUGAUGAUUACAACGGGGAUGAUUCCGACAUUCAGUAUAGGAGCGGAUUGAACGAUGAGGAAAUUUUGGCAGGUAUCGAUGAAGAGGAAGACGAGGACGUUAAGCUUCUCAGUAGGCUCGAUUUGGAGGCACAGACGACAGUGUACCUGUUAGAUCGGGAGGCCAUUACUACUGGUAUGAUCAAGGUUAUCUGGGUGAAUGAAAACGGCCAGAGCGUGUGGGAUAAUGUUGUGAAACCAGGUACUCUAGGCGAUCUCACCCUGGCUCAAGACUACUCCAAUCUCGUGGAGAUUGUUAAUUAUCAGGCAGUGCGAGGGGCAUUGAUCGUUAGAUAG